AUGUUCAGCAUUGACUGGGCCAUCAACUUGAAGCGGUACUGUACAGCAAGGGCUUAUCGAUCCGCGCAGUUUGCAGUCUUCGAGGCAGUUUAUACUCGUCAAAAGGAGCUGGGCUGGGACCAAGCUGUUAUACCUGGCUCGGGUGGGUUGGCUUUUGCAACGGUGUUGGCAGGCAUCAGCGGCUCUUCAGCGCGCGCUGUCAUUGAGUCCCCCAUUGAGUAUGCCAAGGUGAAGCGACAAACGGGGCAAAGUUGGCACUUCAAUGAGGUGUAUCAAGGCUUCUUUAUGCAGCUCCCUCGCACAGUUGGAAUGAUGACCUGCAUUUUUUGUGGUGUGGACAGUGUGAGACGCUGGACUGAUGGCGAGGCCUUAAAGCAUCCGCAGUGGCAAUUCUUGACCUGGGGUGGUGUGUCCAUGCUGAGCUUUUGGGUCAUUUGGCCCUUGGAGACCUUGAAGAAUCAGGUGCAGGCAGGAACUGCCAUUGACGGAAAUGCGCAAGCAACACUACGGCAACGCAUCAUGCAUUUGGGACCUUUGGGCCUUUACAGAGGUAUCUUGCCAGGCUCCAUGAGUGUGUUCAUGCGCAAUGGAACCGCAGCAAUUGUCAUGUCUCUGGCCCAGCGAAAGAUCUCAGAGUGGGGCUUGAGAUAA